UCUCACAGAGCCCACGAACUUGUGGUAGCUGGCCUGCCAUGCUCGCAACUAGCUGCCGGAAGAAGACCCGUCCUGUGAAGACUGCGCUCAAAAGGGAGGCAGGUGCUCAGACAAAGGUCCAGUCGCUGUUGGCUGUGGCAAGGAGCUGCAGGGAUUGUGGACAACGCCUAUCUCCCUUAGAAGAUGCGCUUCACCAAUGUUCCGUCUCUUUGGAGUGGCCGUUCCCAGCAGAGUCGCUGAGCAGCGACGGAUGCCGCGUCGUGCGGCUGGGGCCAAGCGCCCUGCGGGGUGCGGCAGGGGUUCGCUUGGUGGAGCUUUGGGAGAAGAUCCGCGACACGGAGCUGUCCCACGCCCUGGAGCUGCCGAGCGCCGAGCGCUUGGCCAAUCACAGCGCCUGGCUGCUGCUGGCAUUGAGGGGCAAGGAGGUUCUGGCCUUGCUCAGCGCCGAGCGCGUGCCGGCCAGCUGGGCUGCCAUCUCUCCGGAGUCAGCCAGCAGAACAGCAUUGACCUGCGACAAACAAAAGUCAAUUGCAGCACCUCUUCAGCCUCACUCGGAGGGGGCAGUUGCAGACCACGAGGCUAGGACACCACCUCGGCGCGCUGGCUUUGCGCUGGGCGUAGCUGUUGUUUGGGUGCGGCGCAGAGAGCGUCGACGUGGGCUUGCAACAGCGCUCGUGGAUUGCGCCCGGCGCAUCAGCGGCGGGGCCGUGGCCUUCUCACAGCCCACGGAGCUGGGCUUUGCCUUCGCCAGCGCCUACACGAGGCAUCGCGGAUCAACAUCCUUGCCUUUGGUGUAUGAGCCGGAUUGGGAGCCUCGCAGUUAGUGCAAUCUUGGCCAGUGCCGGCGGGAAGAGUGACACUGCAACUGCCAGCUUCAGAACUUCGGUGACAUGUGGGCGUGCUGGCAGUUGUAGGGGGCGUAGAGUUGCGGGGUGCAAACUCGUACAUUUGCUGUUUGGACAGCAAUGUGAUUGUAGCAAUGCUUGCGGGGUUAGGGCAAAAAGUGAGCCGCGGAAAUGCAGUCCACUGCGCCGACGGGCUUUGAGUCCGUUGCAUUUGCAUUUUGCUGGACACUGCUUGAC